UAAUUUCAAACGUUUCGCAACGACCGGCAUUUUUGACAGCCGCGUUUGUUUACAUUAUUUUUGCCGCAGUACAAACGAAUCAGCAGCUACCGAUAUGAUUUCCUCGAAUUUAUUUCAGAUUAGCAAGUUAGUUGCGCGUGGUGCGCUUCAUCGUGCGUACUGUACAGAUCCUACGCGUAUAGAGAAAACUGUAAACACUGUAACGCUGUUAGGUCGCGUUGGUGCGGAUCCACAAAAGCGCGGGAAUGAUGAACAUCCGGUGGUUAUGUUUUCCGUAGCAACACACUCCAACUACAAAUACGAAUCGGGCGAUUGGAUGCAGAAAACGGACUGGCAUCGGGUGGUAGUGUUCAAGCCGGGUCUUCGCGAUGCGGUGAUGUCCUACCUGAAGAAAGGUCAGCGUACGAUGGUCACCGGCAAGAUUACGUAUGGUGAAAUUACGGACCAGGAGGGCAAACAGCGGGGCACUACUAGCAUCAUUGCGGAUGACGUUAUCUUUCUCCAGAACUAAGCGCCCGUGGAAGGGGCGUAUUUUUGCAUUUGUUGUGUACAGUUUACUAGCGCAGUAGCAUAAGGAGAAGAAGUAAAGUUUCCUUUUUUUUGGAAGUGUA